AAUUAGCUCUCAUUUUGUGCGCCAAGUGAAACCACUGGUUCAUUGAGUUUGCUGGGGUUUCCAGUUCAAUUUUAAACUCCAGGUAAACAUUGCAGAUACCUGUCAUGAAGCUGGUAACUGUCCUCCUGCUGGUGACUGUUGGCAUUUGCUGUUACCCUGCUACUGCCUUCUUCAUCAAUAGUGUGGCCCGUCCUGUCAACAAUGUCUUACCCUUACCACUGGAUAACAUUCUUCCCUUCAUGGAUCCAUUAAAGCUUCUUCUGAAAACUCUUGGCAUUUCUGUUGAGCACCUUGUAGAAGGACUGAGGAAGUGUGUGGAUGAGCUGGGACCAGAGGCCUCUGAGUCUGUGAAGAAACUGUUGGAGGCCCUAUCACACUUGGUGUGACCCAAAGUGAGAGUGGAGAUGGAAAGCGGAAGAUGCGCUCAUCCUCCCUGGCUGAAACUCUUUUUAUUCAAUUAUAGACUAAACAUCUUAAAAUGUGGUGAUCCCUGAAAAGAAUUAAUAAAGCAAUUAAGCAGA